CUCAGACAAAGGCGCUGAGGGCUGCUUUCGCUCUCCUGCAGCAUCCACACCCACCCAUCAAGACCGCGGCGAGCCUGGUUUUCCAAUCCCUCCAGAACUCACCAGCACUACUCUUCCUCACCACCAUCAGGACCCCCUCCUGGACCACGAUCGCCAUGGAGCUGGACUUCGGCCACUUCGACGAGCGGGACAAGGCCUCCCGCACCCCACGGGGGGGCCGCAUGAACGGGCUGCCCAGCCCCACGCACAGCGCUCAUUGCAGCUUCUACCGGACGCGCACGCUGCAGGCGCUCUCCAACGAGAAGAAGGCCAAGAAGGUGCGCUUCUACCGCAACGGCGACCGCUACUUCAAGGGCAUCGUGUACGCAGUGGCCACCGACCGCUUCCGCACCUUCGACGCACUGCUCGCCGACCUGACUCGCUCCCUCUCCGACCACAUCAACCUGCCACAGGGGGUGCGCUUCAUCUUUACCAUCGAUGGCACCCGCAAGAUCAUGUCCAUGGACGAGCUGGAGGAAGGUGAGAGCUACGUCUGUGCCUCCGAGAACUUCUACAAGAAGGUGGACUACACCAAGAACGUCAAUCCCAACUGGUCCGUCAACGUCAAGGCCUCCGCCAGCCAGAAGAACCUGCAGUCGAUGACCAGCUCCAAGAGCAAUAGCGACUUAAAGGAGAGCAAGGAAUUUGUGCGGCCCAAGCUGGUGACGAUCAUGCGUAGCGGCGUGAAGCCACGCAAGGCCGUGCGCGUGCUGCUGAACAAGAAGACGGCGCACUCCUUCGAGCAGGUGCUCAACGACAUCACCGAGGCCAUUAAGCUGGAGAGUGGCGUCGUCAAGAGGAUCUACACUCUGGACGGCAAGCAGGUGACUUGCCUUCAGGACUUCUUCGGAGACGACGACGUCUUCAUCGCCUGCGGCCCCGAGAAGUUCCGCUACGCCCAGGAUGACUUUUCGCUGGACGAGAACGAGUGCAGGGUGAUGAAGGGGAACACCAAAGGCGGUGCCCAGCGGAACUCCACCAAGAGUCCGGGACCCGCCCGCCGCAGCAAGUCGCCCACUGAAUCGAGUGAGAUCAUCUUGCCCUGACUUACCCCCCACACACAGCCCCGAUGGGACCCCCACCCCCUUUCGACUCUGCCCACCCCAGCUUUGUCCAUAUGCACCCUUAUAUCUGUGCAAUAGGAUAUUUGAUGAUCAUCUUGUUGUCUGACUUUGGUUUGACUCCAGUGGACAUUCUUUGAUAAUGUUUAUAUCCCCUCUGUGAUUUAUUUUGAUUUUUUAAUCUGUAUCUGCAUCUCUGUGCGUCAUUUGAAAUCUUCCCUCCUCUUGGUUUUAUUUUAAUUAAUGAUGGCUCCUUUUGAAAGCAUUUGUUCACCAUUUCCCACCCUUGCAGGAGGCUGUCUGAGGGCCAGAUAAAUCCAGCGCCAUCUUGGUGCCGUACCAAAUGAAUACCGUAAGCCGUGUAGUAUUUAGGCCCAAUAACAGACUAAAAGCGAACGAAGCUGCCAAAUCUGGUUCUUGUCUGUCAUACAGCCGGGCAAGAUUAAUGUGUUUUAAUUAAGUGAAAUAAAUAAGUACAUAACAGAUGAAACAGGAGUAAUGACCUGGAACUAUUUCAGGACAUUGGGUUUGUACCCAGGAAAAGAGAGACAAACUGACCGUGUCUGUCAGAACCAUGUGGUUGUGGUUGGAGUGCCAGGCCCGGUCAGGGGGUGUAGGACAGGAAGUUCCCCCGCCUGGGCCUGUUCGGUUUACAGAGGCAGAGGUCACUUUGUGUCCCGGCUGCCACUGUACUGGGUGGCAGAGUGAAAUCUGCUAAAUGUUUAAACGGUUUGGAGAGAGUCCUCACACACACGUGGGGGAAACGACCUUCGCUCAUGUGGACCCAGAUCUCAGCUCCGCCUCGGACAUUUAGCAUCCAGGUCACGUGACGUCUGUAGUGUGAGGCCGUCACCCCGGGCCAGCAAGGCACCCGGCGGUGGCAGAGUGCUGCGGAAUCGGCCCCCGUCCAGCUCAAGCUGGCAAAGACAGCUGCCCUGGUUUCACCGAGGUCACAUGACAGGGCCUCUUACAAACACAGAGAGGAUUGUGGGAUACAGGACUUUUGUGAGAAGGGACCAGUUUAACACAGAGAUCAGUGACAGGGCUUAGAAGAGAAAUCGGGAGUCAAUUUAGAAGAAAAUCAUCAUUAUUAAUUCUCAUUACAAUCUUUUAUAGCACUGCUAUGUUAAAUAAAUACGCUAUAAUAAAAAGAUUAGAUAACAAGAAUAAAUAUUUUGUAGUGAUUGAAUUUUGGCUUAUCAAAUAUUCUCUAAUUUGCAUAAUGAAAUGCUUUCUAAAUGGUGGAGAAAAUGUCGUUUUUAAAAUGGUAAUAGUGGGAUCUAAGAGGCAGUCAGGGUCACUGCUGACAGAUGAAAUACAUUGACCUCAAUUCGUUAAAAAAAAAUAAAAUGACUCGGGUGUACAGGACGAGAGAGGGAGAGCUGGGAUUUGUACAUAGGUGUGAAGACCCUGUAGCAUGGCUGAACGACGCUCCUACAACAUGGAGUCUGCACUUUAAAUAUAUACAUUUUCACAUUGAAAUCUGCAUGCUAUGAUUUUAACCUGUUUUUGUUUCCCAUGAUUGUAUAUCCAUCUUUUAGUUGCGUGGCUUUUCUUUCAAGUUGAAUAAACCUUGUUUUCUGUU